ACCAAAAGUUAAAUUAAAUUUUCAUAGCAUUUACAUAUCAUUGAAGAGAAAAAAUAGAUAUAAAAUAACAUUUCUAUUCAUAUUUCACUUACUCAUACAAACAAACGGGACUUGCACGUUGAAACCGUUGUAAUGUCUAAAGAAGUGGUGGUCCAAAACAAGCAUGCAUGUAACGAACUUCCCUAAAAUCAUGCAAUCACACCUAAAAACACUCCCCACAGAAAUGUUAAAAACUUUUUCACCUUAUCAAUCCAAUUUCUGCUCCACACAACAACAACAACAACAGCCUCAGCCUCUGAUUCCACAUCCCCGGCACCGGACGGCGAUGAGUAGCGUCAACCCCACCACCUCCACCACCAAAUCAAAGUCAAAAAAGUGUCAGCCACCCCCAUGCCAGCUAUUAGAGAUCACCGUCAUCUCCGCCCAAGACCUUUCACCCGUCGCCAAAUCCAUGAAAACAUACGCCAUCGUAUGGCUUAGCCCCGACCACAAACAAACAACCCGAGUCGAUAGCAACGGCAAUGCGAACCCAACUUGGAACGACAAGUUCGUCUUCAAAGUCGACGACAAUCUUCUCACCUCCGAUACAACUGCUGUCAUCGUAGAAAUCUAUACAGUCUCUUGGAUCAGAGACAACCUCGUCGGAACGGUUCGCGUUCUCAUCACCAACCUGCUCCCUCCCAAUUAUCGAACCGUAAACGAUUCCGCCACCCGCUUCGUCGCUCUCCAGGUCCGCCGCCCUUCCGGUAGUCCUCAGGGAAUUCUCAACAUGGGCGUUUCGCUCGUUGACAGCACCAUGCGAAGCAUGCCUCUCUCCGUAAUAGAAAACAAGGACGCGGCGGCGGAGCCGGACGAAGAGUUAAAUACGAAGAUUGAGCUCUGGAGAUCGAGAAGUGAAAGGACCGAUCUAACUUCAGAGGACAAUUACUACCCACAAAAAGAAGUGGGUGGUUCGAUAUGCAAUGGAUCGAUGGUGAACGGAGGGUCGGAGCUGUGCUCCGACGUGGGACCGUCGGCGUCGAUAGUGGCGGCGGCCAUAGCGAAAGGGUUGUAUCCGCCGCCGCCGCCUCAGACGGCGACGGCGGGGAAAGGGUUUGUGUUGAAACCGGACAUGGAUGAUGGAGGGAGCUCGAUAUUGGAGGACUUGACGAUGGAAGAGGCGAUGGCGAAAGGGUAUAAAUGGAAGGCGGAGAGGGAGAGAGAGAGGGCGGCGGCGAGGGGAGGGAAGUUACCGCCGGCGAGGAAACAGGAUGAGAAGGCGGUGACGGUGGCGGACGGAAGACAUUCACGGCGGCUCUCCGAUGGAAGCUUGUUCUCAUGCUUUGUGUAUGGAUUAGAGUUCACCAUUGUAUGUGGUGCUAAUCAAAAUCCUAAAUCUAAAAACAAUAGAUCAAACAAUAACAGUAGUUCUGGUGGUGAAAAACCCAUUAAGCGUAGCCAUUCUCAUCUCAGCCUUUGAAUUCUCAACCAACUCUUGCAGAUUUCUGUACCCAAAAUUCUGUCCAAUGUCUUUUCUGCAACACAAGGGGUCCAAUUCCAAAUUCUGUCAGAGUGAAGA